AUGGCUGGGGGCUCGGAGGCCUCGUGCGGCCGCGUCGUGGAGGAGCGCCUCCCAACCGGCUUCGUCACCGCCUUCUCCGCCUGUUCCAUCGAGCCUGCCCCUGUCUUUGCCCGAUCCGCCCUCUCCUUCUCCGGCCACUUCGCCGAGCUCGAGCGGGCCCUCCUCGGCGGCGGCGGCGCCGAUCCCUCAGCUGCUCCACUAAUCUCCGUCGACAGCCUCCGAGCCUACCUGCAAAUCAUCGACGUCGCCUCCAUUCUAGGGUUCGAUCACGACAUCGCCGACCACGCCUUUGAGCUCUUCAAGGACUGCUCCUCCGCCAUUUGCCUCAAGAAUCGCAGUGUUAAGGCCCUCGCUACCUCCGCCCUCAUGCAGGCGAUCCGGGAGGCGCAGGAGCCGAGGACUCUGUAGGAAAUCUCUACCGCAAGCAGCCUUCCUCAGAAAGAGAUUGGCAAGUACAUCAAAAUACUCGGAGAAGCUCUAAAACUAAGCCAACCUAUCAACAGUAAUUCGAUGUCAGUUCAUAUACCCAGGUUCUGCACUCUUCUCCAGCUCAAUAAAUCUGCUCAAGAACUCGCUGCUCAUAUUGGAGAAGUGGUUAUCAAUAAGUGGUUUUGCACACGUCGGAAUCCAAUCAGCAUAUCCGCAGCUGCUAUAUACCUUGCAUGCCAGCUGGAAGACCAGGCCGAGAUAUGCAAAGUGACGGGGCUCACGGAGGUCACUCUUCGUAAAGUCUACAAAGAAGUGUUGGAGAAUUGGGACGAUUUGCUUCCCGCUAACUACACCCCGGCUGAGCCUUCUAAGCUGAUAUAAUCGACUUGUAUCAUUUGAACUCAAAGCAGGACAAGGAUAAGGAUAAGCACCCAGAAAUAGUGAAACAAAGUAGUACUCGUGAUUUUUUGGAGACAGAUCAUAUUUUCAAGGAGAAGGGAGAAAAGACAAUCAGUUCUCGGGACGUGAAUCAGGAAGCCUUUUGGCAACCGACCGUACCAUUUGUAGUGCCUAAACCAAGACUAGAUCGAGAAAAGGACCAGAUGAGUGAUCAAGGAAUUAAUCUUAAUGAGACCAAACCCAAGCUUACAGAAUCCAAUCAAAGAGUCAUUUUAGACAUGAAGAUUAAUACUAGCGAAAAUCGAUGGAUGAGUCAAGCGCCAUCGAUUUCGAUUUCUGCCACCAAAGGGUUGGAAAGGCGGCUGCAUCUUUACCCGGCGGACCUUCUUAUCCGAGGUUUGCCGAACAACAAACGGGCGGUGAUUUUGCUUCGGCCCUUCAAGAGGGGUGGGCAAAAGGAAGGGGGGUUAAGAACCCACGGGCCAUCGUAAGAAAGACAAGCAAUAGAAUUAUUCCUAUAUGGAGUCCGAUUUGUAUAUAGAAUAUGGAAAUAUCCUGCUCUGUCGACGCUGUCGUCAUAGAAUCAAUCAGUUGUCUGUAAAAACUAAUGAUGUUUGUCAUCUCGUUAUGCAGUGCUGCAUGCUAUGGCAAAGUUUUUUUUUUUUUUUUUUUUUUUUUUUUUUUAUCCAUAUGCUGACUAGUUUGUACGUAUGUGAGCAUCUCAUAUGAAGUUCAGUUGUUCAAGCUAACAUGUAGAAAGAAACAAUGCCUGUGAGAGGCUGCGAGUGUAAUUUUUUUUAGUAGCUAAAUGUUUCGCAUAAUAGAUGCGCUUUAUUUAUGUUCAACUUUGUGGGUCUAUAUUUUGUCCAGGAGAAAUUUGCGGCGUUAUUUUGCUCUCUUCCUUGGUGCUCUAAGCCUUCUUGUCUACUGAUAGUUAUCAAGAUAAGUUGUGGUGGCAGCAAAUCGCUCUCUCUGAAAUCCCAUUUCAGAUAAACUACACUGUCGGGCUGCGAACUUUUACAAAUACUUACCGAAAAUGAAUAAAAUGCUCCUGAAACUUACUAUAAAUUUAUCAAAUUGACACUAUUUUGUCAUCUGACAUUUAAGUUUACUGACCAAAUUUAUAUAUUCAGUGUGGAAAAGAAAAUUUUGCACAAGGGUUUCUUGAUCUUCAGAGCUGGUCCCAAAUUUCGAUAAUAUUUGAGGAAUUUAAUUUGAAGUAAUUAUUUUUCAAAAUUGAAAAAACAGAUGGUUAGUAAUUAUGUCAAGAAGCAUCGUAAUAUAAGUAAAAAGACUCGCGAAGCAUUACAAAAAUAUAUAUAAGAUAAGAUCGACAUUGUUUAUAAAGCUGUGGGAUUUUCUCGGAAUCUUAUUGAUUACAUUGUUUAUCAAAUCUAUACAUAUAAUAAAAGGCGAACCCUAAACCCGCCACGCGUCGUCUCCCCAGCAAUUCCCUCCCCUGCUCAGCUCUGCCCGAGGAGAGAGAGAGAGC